UCGUUGCUCUCCUGGACCUUUUUCCGUGUCCCUUACCCCUUCUUCCCGGCAUUCCUGUUUCCGCUUUCACACUACUAUCGGUUUUUCACCACCACCAAGGCACUUCGCGCUCCGGGCUUCAGUGACGUCAUCUCUCAGCGCCGCACUGACACCCGCCGGUGGAAAAGGGAACAGCUCCGCCGCCCUUCGCCUCUUUGUUGGGCUACUGCUCCUUCAGUUAUCAUGGCGCCAUCGCUGUGGAAGGGGCUGGUAGGCAUCGGCCUUUUUGCUCUAGCCCACGCCGCCUUUUCCGCUGCUCAGCAUCGUUCUUAUAUGCGAUUAACAGAAAAGGAAGAUGAAUCACUGCCAAUAGAUAUAGUGCUUCAGACACUUCUGGCCUUUGCAGUUACCUGUUAUGGUAUAGUUCAUAUUGCAGGGGAGUUUAAAGACAUGGAUGCUACUUCAGAACUAAAGAAUAAGACAUUUGAUACAUUAAGGAAUCACCCAUCCUUUUAUGUCUUUAACCACCGUGGUCGAGUACUGUUCCGGCCUUCAGAUACAACAAAUUCUUCAAAUCAAGACGCAUUGUCCUCUAACACAUCGUUGAAGUUACGAAAACUUGAGUCGCUGCGCCGUUAAUAUUUUUACAAAUUAUAAUAGGACAGGACACAGAGCUCAAUAUUGGAGUUUGGGGCAUAAAACACUCCCCGCAUUAGUAUUUAUAUUGAUCUCUCAGACCAAUUUAAAAAAAAAAUCUAUGGCCCUUGUUUGUACACUGUUAGUCAAGUCCUUAAUGCAGUAUUGGUUAUCUAUGAAAUGAGUCUUUGAUUGAAUUUCAUAUAAGGAAUUUUUUUCAUUUAAGACAAAUUAACAUAUUUUGUAAAGUCACUGUUUUGAACACAUUGAAAAAUGUUGAUGGUUUCUGUGAUUAUUUAUUUUCUUAAAUUUCUUUUCUUUUGCACUACAGUUUUUAGGAUCCUUUUGGAAAUACUGUGUGACUACUGCAUUUUGCAGCAUGAAUUAUAGUAAAAUGGUCUUCAGUUCUUAAUAAAUGAACUUCCCUAAUGAGACCAAAAUGGUGACUUUUCCACUCUUCUUUUAUCCCCUAAAAAGUGGCUCUGCUUCAGCAGAUAUUUGCCAGUUUUUAAUUUAUCCAUGACUUCUUACUCCAUCCCACUCCCGUAUACUUUCUAGCAUUGACUUGUCUUGUUUAAUUACUUCUCUGAGAUUCUGUGUAGUGAGAAAUUUUUGUGUUAGAAAUUCCUUGUCAUAGCAGAAGUAUUUAACAGGUUCAACUUGUUGUAAAACUGUUUUUGUUCUCUUCAUUUAUGUGUAGAAAUGUGCUCGAAGUGAUUAUGUAGUAUAGGAAUAGUUGAAGAUAGACCAAAAAUGACCAUUUGUGAUUUCAUUAUCCUGCCUAUAUAAAGGAAUGAUAAUUGUUGAGGAAAAUGGAUUACUUGUCAUUAGUUUAACUUAUUCAGAGUCUCUGUUAGUUUAUUCCAUGCUAAACUAGUGAACUAAAUGAAAAUAAAGGAAACUUCCCAUUAAUCUAAAGGCAGACUUAAAGGAAUUGGGCCAAAUAUGUUCUAAAUAUUUGGAAUGAAUAUAUUUUUUUAGAAACUUCAAGGCCACUUAAGAAAUUGUCUUGUAGUUUUGAUUUAUAGAAGGUUUAGAGUUUUCUAUCUUCACUCUGUUGGUGAAGUUUGAGGAUGAGGAUACAGAAUUGAAUUGUUUUAGAAACAGUGAUUUUACUCUAGGAGAAAUUUGGCUAGCUCUUUGAUCUAGAAAGCUGCAGGAAUCUCACCAUUUUGGUAUAAAGAAUAAUGCAUUUUUUAAUUGUACAGGUGUAAACACAUUGCUUUUGUUGAAUUGUAUGGGUGUAAAGGGAAUAACUGUAUGCAGGUUUGAAAAGGAAAUAUGCUUUAGGCAAGAGUCAUAAGAUGCCCUUAUUCUUGAUGGCGUUUUUCCAUUAGAAACGAACCUCAUUUCUUUUAUUCUGCCUGGUAACGCACAGCCCCAUGGCAUGAGAUGAAUUUGUCAUUGGAUUUUUAUUAGUGUUGUUUUGUUCUGUUUUGUUUUGCCAAUCCAGUCUGUCUGUGGAAUACUGACUCUGCUCUCUAAUGAGAACAAAGUUAGAAUCUGCCGAUAGCCUAAAAUAAUUUAGGAAUAUGUUAAAAGUGUGGAGUCGGGAGUUAAAGUGAUGAUAAUUAAAUCAAAAUAGUGUGUGAAAAGCAAGCUCCUUAUAUCAGUCUUGUCUACCUUUCCUCAGGUAUAACUUGAUUUAGGAGAGUUUCUUGUUUUCUUCUCUUUUGGGGCUGAAUUCCUUUCCUAAUAUGUUUCUGUAACAUUGUUGAGAUGUAGUUUGCCUGCCUUAUAGUUGACCCAUUCAGAGGGUACAAUUCUGUGACUUUUAGUGAAUUCACAAAAUUGUGAAAUAUCGACCACAAUCACUUUUAGAACAUUUUGCAGUCCCAAAAAGAAUCUCCCUGCACUUUAAAAGUUGCCUCAUUUUCUCCCAAUGCCACCCCCCAACCCCUGUCAACCCUAGGGAACUACUAAUCUACUUUCUAUCUGUAUAGAUAUACCUUCUCUGGACAUUUAAUAUAAAUGGAUUCAUAGAGUAUCUGGUCUUCCAUGAGUGACUUCUCCCAAAGGAUUGUUAUAUGGAGUGAGAAGUUGUUCUUAUCUUGUGAUUAAUUAUUGCUGUGAAAGGACAUGAUUCGCCAAUUGAAUAUAUUUAAGGAGAGAAGAUCAGAUACUUAACAGGUUUCUCAGUUGAUCAGAUGUAAUAGAUUUUUUUAGGCAUUCAUAAUGUAUUACUUAUUAUAUUUUGGCUAGUUUCUAGAAUGGAUAUUGAACUCUUUGCCUGCCCAGUUAGGAAAGACCUGCUAAAAAUGAUGCCAAAUAAUUUGGCAAAUAAUUGACAUAGUAAUUUUCAGUGUGUACAUCUUUGCUAGCAGCUUGUAUACCUCGGGCUAGCUGAGCUCCCCAAAUUUCUUUUUUAAUUGACUCCAGUCAAUUUCUGCUGACUUUUCCAAGUAUGUACCAUAGGACUAAAGGUGAUUUGGGUACAUUGUAACCCUGCUAAAUGUAUUAAGUAUGGAACUUGAUUUACAGUACUAUGAGACAGUCUGUUACUGCCUAAGGUAGUUUAAAAAUAUGUGAGCUAGCUCAGUUUGCAGUUGACUGUGAUUUCAGUGACAUUCAGAAGUGUGUAUCAAUCAAAGUUCUCAAGAAUACUGGAAGACUCACUUCUUAAUAACCAGGGAACCAGCCAAAUGGCCCAGUGGCAAAAAGUGCAGACUUCUGCGUUGGAAACUCUUGUGCUCUCUAACUUCCUACUGAUGGUUUCCUAAGCACUGUGGCUUAGCUUUGAGUGGCACAACAGCAUCUUCCUGGUUGUAUGUGGCCUGUUUCCAUGAUGUAUUGAGUGUUUGUUGUGAGCAUCAGUGCCUGUAACACCAAGCUAAACACAUUUUUUGGAUAUGUUCUCUCUCUUUAAAUGACCUUACCCUGUCCAAUAAAUAAAUGAUUGUCUCACCCUG